AUGACACCGUGCGCUAAAGUGCACCCGAACCCCGGCCAAAGCCCGAACCAAAGCCCGAGCCAGAGCCCGUGUCAUGCCGCGGAGCCGUGCGGAGCUCCGGUGUCGUGCGCCGCAGUGCCCCCGCCAUGCCGUUGUUACUGCGCUCUAUUCCAAAUAAACUUGUGUCCAACUUUCCCCGCUGCCUCUGCUCCACCGAGUGUCAGCAGACCCCCGCAGUCCCGACAGCACCUUUUUCCCAAGGACUGGGAGCAGCAUGCUAAAACACGGCCAGCCCGCACUUCUGCACGGCUCACGGGAGGCUGCAGUGGCUGCUCCCGGGCCGCAGGGGGCGCUGUGUGGUCGUGUGUGAGUCCCGGUGCCUCCGGGGUCAUCUCAGUUCAGCUGCCCUGUACACAGCGUCCUGCACCCGGCUCCUGUCCCCGAGCCCCUCCGUGCGCCCAGACCCGCGCUCAACGCUCUAUUCCCGGCUACAUGUGGCGGAGCUCCCCGGGCCGGACUCCCACACGCACACACCGACACAGGCGGGACCAGAGCGGGACCAGAGCGGGACAGAGCGGGACAGAGCUCCGGGAAACGGGCUUUAGCUCCGCGGCUAAUGUUGUGAUCCGAGCCGAGCUGCAGCUGAAGGGCGCAGGGACAGAGGGUAUGUGCCGCAUGUGCCGCAUGUGCCGCAUGUGCCGCAUGACCAGCAGCCCGGACACUAACGCUCCGUUUACGGGAAUAUUCUUCACAUGUUGUGUUGUUACUAGUGAAGUGUGCGGCUCUUUGUGGAGCCUCUGA